AUGGCUAACCAAUCUCCACAACAAGAACACUUGCCACCACCGCACAGGCCUUCCGGCCGGCCAAGGCGGCCGAACUGCCGCAACUUGGCUCACCCGGUCCACAAGACCUUAGCCGCUGCAUCCAACCUAGCCAACCUCCUUCCAACCAGCAUGGUUCUAGCCUUCCGAGCCCUCACUCCAUCAUUCACCAAUAGUGGCACCACUUGCAUACCAGUAAACCGCUAUCUCACCUCCUCGCUAAUCGGCGUUUCGUCCAUCAUUUGCUUCUUAUCCUCCUUCACUGACAGCUUCAUUGACCCCUUUGAUAAAAAACUUUACUAUGGUAUUGCAACCUUCAAAGGGUUUUAUAUAUUUAAUUAUGGUUCUUAUGGAACUCACCACCAUUGUUGUGAACAAGAAGUAAAAGCAGCAAAUGAUGAUGAAGAUGUAGAGGGGUUGAAAAGGUUAAAAAUCAAUGGCAUUGAUGUUGUUCAUGCUUUUGUUUCUCUUGUUGUGUUCUUGGUGUUUGCUUUUAGCGAUAUCGAUGUGCAAAGGUGCAUGUUUCCUCAUUCGGGUGCGAAUUUGAGUGUUGUAAUGAUGAAUUUGCCGUUGGGUGUUGGGAUUUUGGCGAGCUUUUUGUUCACCAUAUUCCCAACUACGCGUAGAGGGCUUGGUUAUGCUGAUUGUCCUCUGCAUGAAAGAUGA